AUGGCAACUGAAAGAGAUCAAGAAAUAAUUGACUUUAUAGACCAAGGUAACUAUACCUAUGCACAGUCUUUAAUAACUAAAAAACUUGCCAAAUCUCCUCAAAAGUUGUUUUAUCAUGUUCUACAGAAUGAAAUACAUCUCAAAAGCGGUCAACGAGAAUUGGCAAUAAAAAAGAAUUUGGAAUUGUUGAACAGAUACCCUAAUGACCCUUUGACUAUUGAAAAAUUGAGUGAUUUUUUCAGUAAAAUGGAGAUGGAAAAAGAGUCCAGUUUGGUGUAUGAGAAUGCAAUCAAAAAGUACCCUGUAUCUACGGAAACUCUAUGUUUGAGUUGGUUUGACAACUCGAUUGAAAAGUAUGAUUUCAAAGUAUUUAACCGUAUUUUCAUGUAUUUGAAUAAAAAUGGAAAGUCAAGGUUACAUACAUUAUGGUAUGCAUUUAGUUUCCAUUUGUUAUUGCAAGAAGGUGAGACUGACAAAGCAAGUUUGUAUAAUUCUUUGGGUAAGAAACUAAUGGAGGGUUUACAACCAUUUGAAAACACACAAGAAAUCUACGUAUACACAUUGUUUUUGAGUUCUAAAGAAAUUGAGCAAGUGUUGAGUGGAGUCACUUUACCGUUGGAUCUUGAGUUGAAGCUUUUGUAUAUGAAAGCGAUGAAAGAAAAUGCUAGUUUUGAAGCAUUGCAUGCAUAUACAGAGAAAUUGCUUUUCAAAGAAAAGUUUGACGAUUUUGAUACUUGGAAAUUAUGGAUUUUGUCAGGUAAAGAGAUUGGCAAAUCGUUCGAGGAAUUGGAUCAAAAAUUGACCCUGCCAACAAGAAAUAUAUCGUUGUUGAAAAUCGAGUUGGAUAUAUUGUACUCUAGGAAUAUCGAAACCAGUGUCGAGAACUACUACCAAAAAUUCAACACUAAAUUGUGUUGCUAUGCUGAUCUUUCUCAGUAUGAACUACCAACUAGUUUUAUUGGUAGUCUUAAGAAUUCAACUUCGGAGGAAAACUUAAUUACCGUAGUCAACAACAGAAAGUUUGUGAAUCAAACAGAUAACUGGGAUGUUUAUGAAAGGUUUUCAACAAAAGAAGGAGCUGAGUAUGAUAGUAAUCCAGUUAAUGAAUUGACAUUACGAACAAUUGUCUCAGAUUUGGACUCUUCUCCUCAAAACACAAUCAAGAAUAUUGUCCUUCUCAAGCAUUUACUAGAACAAGACAAGUACAACUAUAAAUUGAAAUUAUGGUUAAUGAAACUUUACUCCCAAUUAAAUACAAACGAUUUGAUUUUCCCCAUUUACAACGGACUAAAGAUCAGGAUGACCCAGCAUGAGACAUUGAAUUACUAUUUGACAACCACUAACCCUUCAAAAAUCAACCUUGAUGCAUGGGUUGAUAUCUACAGAUUUUAUCUUACAUCGAAACAAGAAAUCAAGGAGAGCAUUAUUCAAGGGUUUGACAACGGGGUGUUUAAUAAACUUGAAGGGUUUAUUAAUUUCUCCAAGCGCAUGCAAAAUUCUAUUUCUUUAAAUUUUACAGUGGCUAAAAUUCUCCAAAUAUCGACAAUCCUCGGUACUGAUGGCUACUUGAAUUAUUUCAUUCAUUAUCUUAAAACUAACGAAGCUUUGAUAGUUUCUGACUACACUGACAAUCGUGACUUUAAGUCGGAAUGGAAUGGGUUAGAAAAAAUAGAUUGCAUUGAUGUUCCCGUGAACGAUGUCGCCACAAAAUUAAAACUCUUGGUUUACUCUAUAGUAUUCGAAGAUCAAGACGCAAGCAGAUUAUUGAAGGUUUUCAACAAAAUUACUUCCAACGCAAAGUUCUCUGUGUUCGACAAUUUGUUAUAUAAAUUAUACUUUAAUUUGUUGAAGAUUACAAAAACUAAAUUGAAUCCACAAGAGACACAAUCAUUGUACAAUUAUUUACAGAAAAAUUUGAAAACUGAUAAAUUGAAAAUAUUGAUACCAGAAAAUUUAUUAUCGGGGGAAUUGACUCAAAAUUUAACCAAUCUUGUCGAAUUUAUAAAAAUCGUUAAGCUUCUUGCUAAAAGGCAUCCUUCGUCAUAUAUGAACCAGUUGGUUAACCUAGUGAAACCUUUUGGCAAAGAAUUCAAAAAUCUAAAACUAGUACAAAGGCAACACGAGAUUAUUGAUUCAAUGGAUUUUGAACCACCAAUUUCUGUGGAUAUUUCUCAAACCAAGCUUGAAAUUAAAAGUUCUAUUGAAGAUUGUGUUGUCGCCUUACUUAAUAGCCUAUAG